AUGCCUGUCGCUCAUGUCCAUCGCUUCCAGCCAAAAUCUCCAUUCCCUCCAGAGCUCGUCGCUAAAGCAGAAGCAGAGCUGGAUCAAUUAGCCGCUAUCCUCGAAGGUGAAGGGAUCAAAGUCUAUAGACCCCCACGCGGAAUCGACUGGCUGGCUGAGGGUGGUUAUACGGGAGCCAUGCCUCGAGAUGCCCUUAUCAGCGUCAAGAAUGUCCUGAUAGAAUCGUGUUAUGCCUGGCCUUGCCGUGCCCGCGAGGUUGAAAUCGCCUUUGCCCCCAUUUUGGAUGAGCUAUCCAAGGACAGCAGGGUAAAAGUUGUUCGGCGACCGGAGAGCUCCUUCGCUGAUACUUUGUUAUCUCCCGGUGGAAGCCCAGGAAGCCCGUGGGUCAUCAACAACAGCCGCCCGGCCUUUGACGCGGCAGACUUCAUGCGUUUUGGUGCCACGAUCAUUGGGCAAUAUAGUCACGUCACCAACCAGGCUGGUGUGGACUACCUUAGAGAAAACCUACCGAACGGGUACUGCAUCGAGAUGCUGGAUGUCAACGACCCAUAUGCGAUGCAUAUAGACGCCACUAUUCUGCCCUUACGAAGAGGGCUUCUGGCCUAUAACCCUACGAAGGUCACUGAGGAAGCUCUGCGCAAGCAUGAAGUUCUGGCGGACUGGGACUUGCAACCCUACCCGUACAUCCCUCAGGGGCCCGAUUACCCCCCACUCUAUAUGACCAGCCCGUGGUUGUGCCUCAAUGCCUUGGUCCUUGACGGGAAAAAGGUAGUUACUGAGGCCAGUGACUUGAAGACAGCGGCAUGGUUGGAAUCACUGGGGAUGCAAUGUAUCCUUUGUCCGUUUAAACACGUCAAUAGCAUUGGGGGCUCCUUUCACUGCGCCACUGUAGACCUCGUCAGGGAUACCAAGUGA